CACCACCCGCGCAGAAGUUUUGUGACUCAAGAAAGCCAGCCACACUCGCACAAUACAUACAUUCGCUGACUUCGCACCCAUUCCUCACCUACACCCACGGCGACGAAAAGAAAAUAUGCCCAUGUUAAAAGAGCCCUGGAAGAAAUACAAAAAGUUCCAGCCCCUGCAUCUGCCGGAUCGACAAUGGCCUAGCAACACAAUUGACAAGCCGCCAAGGUGGUUGAGUACGGACUUGCGUGAUGGGAAUCAGAGUCUGGUGGACCCUAUGGAUGGCGACCAGAAAUGGCGAUACUUCGCAAUGCUCGUCAAGCUCGGCUACAAGGAAAUCGAAGUCUCCUUCCCCUCGGCCUCGCAGACGGAUUUCGACUUCACCCAGCGCCUCGUCCAGACCCCCGGCGCCGUCCCCGAUGACGUCUGGCUGCAGGUCCUGUCGCCGUGCAGGAAAGAGCUGAUACGCCGCACGGUGGACAGCUUGAAAGGUGCGAAGAAGGCACUCCUGCAUCUCUAUCUUGCCACCAGCCCGUGCUUCCAGCAGAUUGUCUUCAAUAUGAAUAAUGCGGAGAGCAAGGCGCUGGCCGUCGAGUGCACCCGCUAUGCCAGGAGCAUCACAAAGGACGACCCGAGCCAGGCCGCCACAGAAUGGGCGUACGAAUUCUCCCCCGAGACCUUCUCAGAUACCGACCCCGAUUUUGCGCUCGAGGUGUGUGAGGCGGUGAAGGAGGCGUGGGGCCCGUCGGUCGAGAACAAGAUCAUCUUCAAUCUCCCCGCCACGGUGGAGAUGGCAACGCCGAACGUGUACGCGGACCAAAUCGAGUAUUUCAGCCGAAAUAUCUCGGAGAGGGACAAGGUCUGCGUGUCGUUGCAUCCACAUAACGACAGAGGCUGUGCCGUUGCCGCUGCCGAACUCGCGCAGAUGGCCGGCGCCGAUCGCGUCGAAGGCACGUUAUUCGGUAAUGGCGAGAGAACUGGAAACGUCGACCUCGUGACCCUGGCCCUGAAUCUCUACACCCAGGGCAUCCACCCCGGCAUCGACUUCUCCGACAUCACGUCCAUAAUCGACAUUGUGGAAUCCAGCAACAAGAUCCCCGUCCACCCCCGCGCCCCCUACGGCGGCCAACUCGUCGUCUGCGCCUUCAGCGGCUCCCACCAAGACGCCAUCAAAAAGGGCUUCCAGGCGCGCAAAGCCGCCGGUGCAACCGCCGAAUCCCCUUGGCAAGUCCCGUACCUCCCGCUCGAUCCGCAAGAUAUCGGGCGCACGUACGAAGCCAUCAUCCGCGUGAACUCGCAGUCUGGGAAAGGCGGCGUGGCAUGGAUUAUCCAGCGCCAGCUCGAACUCGACCUGCCGCGUGGCCUGCAAGUCGCCUUCUCCAAGAUCGUGCAACGCGAGACAGACAUGUUGGGCCGCGAACUCAAGCCCACGGAAAUCACUAAACUAUUCGAGGAUGCAUAUCACCUAAAGCGCAACCCCCGCUUCAGCUUAGUCGACUAUGACAUCACGACUGACCGCUCGACCUCCCCGGCUCCACCGUCUGUGGGUAAGACGCAAUCCAACCGCAACCUCAAACGCCUCUUUUCCGGCGUGAUCGAGAUCGACGGACUUGAACACAAGAUUCGCGGAGUAGGCAACGGCGCGAUUUCGAGUCUAGCGAAUGCGUUACGUACGCUGGGGAUUGAUCUCGAUGUCGCGGAUUAUAAGGAACAUGCUAUUGGCAGCAGCAAGGAGGUGAAGGCGGCUACUUAUAUUGAGUGUACGGCGACGGGAAGUAGGCAGAAGGUGUGGGGAGUCGGGAUUCAUCAAGAUGUGGUGCAGGCGAGUUUGAUUGCGCUGUUGAGUGCCGCGAGUUCGUUUCUGUCUUCAAGACCUUCAACACCUAUCCCCUUCCGCCCCAAACGCUCGAAUACAAUGGAUAUCCCGAGUCCGGAUUCUUCGCCUACGAGGCAGGCGUACGCGAACACUCCUUCGAGUGGUGGGAGUCCGCUUGUGCAGAGGUUGGAGGCGAGUGUGAAUGGAAAUGGGAUGCAUUGAUUCCUCUCUCCCUCGCUCCCCUGAAAGAAGCCUAUUUCUAUCUCAUUCUGUCAUUACCGUUGCGACUAUACUUCUUAUUCUCAGGUUUGGAGUGAAGACUGAGACAGACGUUGUGAGGACUAGCUACCCUAAAAACCGUAGUUUGACUGGACUUAUGAGAACAGACAAAAAACUGACGGAAAAAGAAAAAAGAAAAAAAGAAAAGCUUUAUAGUCCGUUGCUGCCUGGAGUUUUCAACAAAUAAAAAAAAACACUCAACACCAAAAAGCAAUUGGAGCAUGUAUGCAGGAAAGUAUGGAUGGGAUGAAUGCAUUGAAGGCUGGGUAUGCAUGCGUGCAUGUAUUGGAGUCCUAAAAGUCUUCGAGUACGACCGAGUUUUGUUGCUUCCGGUUUCUUGUAUAUAGUUAUGACUUUCGGGGGUCGUGUUUUUCUAAUCAAGGAAUUACUUCGUUAUGCGCUCAUUUCUAUAUUAA